AACAGCGCCAUCUUUCCAGAAGCUCUUUUUUUUUUUUUUUUUUUUUGUGCUGUGAAUCUUCCACAUAGGAAAGGAAAGGGUUAAUAGGAUUUAAGGAUCCGAUCGAUGCCUUCUCUCCUACACGUCGCCAUGAACAAAUGAAUUCGCGGGGAAUUAAAUACCAGUUUCACAAAGGAGAACGAGUCUUGUGCUUUGAACCCGACCCAACCAAGGCUAAAGUCUUGUAUGACGCUAAGGUCCUUGAUGUCUUGAUAGGUACAGAUGAACAUGGGAGACGAGUCCCAAAGUACUUGAUUCACUUCAGUGGUUGGAGCAGAAGCUGGGAUCGCUGGGCUGCAGAGGAUCAUGUCCUAAGGGACACGGAGGAAAACCUCAAAUUGCAACGUAAGCUGGCUCGCAAAGCUCUAGGGCGCAUGAAGAGAAAAGGAUGGACGAAGAGGCGUCGUCGUCAUUCUGGUAACAAAUCUUCUCUGAAGACUCUCCCCAAGGAGGAGGACAGCGAUGACGCGUGUUUGAUUUCAACCUCGGACAGCAGCGAAGGGGACGACUCGGACCCUGAGUCUUCAAACAGCGGCGACAGCACCUUCUCAGAAGACAUCAACAAAAUGAGGGUUGAUCCAGAUGUUAAUGUGAAGAGGGAAUGCGAGGAGAAGGUCGUUCACGUGGACAUCAACAUCCCAGAUGUUCUGAAGAAGAAGCUGGAAGAUGACUGCUUUUACAUCAACAAGAGAAAAAAGCUCGUCACGGUUCCCUGUCAGACAAACGUCGUCCACAUCCUGGAGUCCUACGUGAAGCACUUUGCCAUCAACAAGGCGUUCAUGGCCAAUGAGCAGUACAGGCGUCAGCAGAGCACCACGCAGAGCAGCAGCCCACAGCCAAUCCCUCCAGAGAGGAGUGAAGAGCUUUGUAAGGAAAUGGUUGAUGGUUUGAGGAUCACUUUUGACUUCACUUUACCCAUGAUCCUGCUCUACCCCUGCGAACAAGCUCAGUUCAAAAAGGUCAGCUCUUCCAGGCUCCUCCUGACAGCCAAUGAAACUUCACCUAGCUCCAGCAAUGCCCAACGAGAACGAAGCCCAAGCCCAGCGACUCACAACCCCCCUACGCCUCAGUCCACAGACAGCCAGCCGGCGCUGAGUGACACCUCCGCCACCACGCCCACAGCUCCAACCCCUACUCCGAAGCGUCGCCGCCACCCCGACAUGGACUGCAUCUCCUACCAGUCCCAGUCCCUCAGACGCUCCACCAGGAACACGUCAGGAGGAGAUCGGCCUGCUGAAGGAAGCAGCGGAGGUGGAGGGAGUGCUACAGCUUCUCCGCAGCUCAAACGGCGUUUAAUCGACACAUCAUCACAACCCAAGUUCUUCCUCAACCUUGAAAAAAAAACCCCAGUUCACAGUGGCUCAUCCUCCCCGUUGCCAUUGACACCAAGCAAAGAGAGGAGUGGGCCUUUCUACAGCCUGGAAAGCUGGAGAAACAAUGAGCUCAAUGAGGUUCUGAGUUGGAAGCUGACGCCUGAUAACUACCCUCUCAACGACCAGCCUCCCCCACCCUCUUACCUGUAUGGAUCCCAGCACCUCCUGCGGCUUUUUGUGAAGCUACCAGAGAUCCUGGGGAAAAUGCAGAUCCCCGAGCGGAAUCUCAGAGCCUUAAUCAAACAUCUGGAGCUCUUCCUCAGGUUUUUGGCUGAGUUCCAUGAGGAUUUUUUUCCAGAGUCUGCAUACGUGUCUGCAUCAGAAGCCCACUACAACAUGAAACAACCGAGGCCAGUUUAUUAAAGGAGAUGCAGACAGCUUCUUUUUCUUUCUCUAAGCCCCCUGCAACCUCUCUGGGCCUUCUCCGGCUCCUUUCUAACAUGCAUUCUCCCUCUGCUGCCUUGCGGAUCCAGAUACUUCCACAUCUCUGCUGCAUGCAGGACUACAAUCUUCUGCUUUGCAUUAACGUGGAACGCAUGCUGAUUUCCACGAAUGCCAAUGUGCUGAAGUCCAAGGCUCUCACGGCUAACCCUAAUUUCUGUUGCUUUUUUUCCUAUUUCCUAUUUCUCUUUGCUAGCGGCAGUUUUGGACUAUUGUCACCUAUUCGUUGAAGAAUGGGGGUUAAAAUUUGUCCUGUGUUGCUGUUCUUCUGCCUGUCCGGGAAACUAAUUAUGACCACUAGGGAUGGAAAUAUACGUCUGUCUGGAAGCUUAUUAUUUUCCAAAGAGUGACUUCCUCUGCUUCCCAGUGGUCCAGAAUACUCCCAGAAUACUCCCAGACUGCGGUUCUUGAUUCGUCCCGCUCUUCUGAUCUUUUCCUCCUUACUUUGUCCUCUAGAAAUUUGUUCUUUAAAUGUUUGGCUCAUUCAUGGCAAAUAGAAGAUUUGCUGUUUCUUGUUUUAUUCCACAACCCAUCCCGGCUACGUUUGGUUUGAUAAAGUGGCGUUCCGUUUAAUUCUGUAUUAACUCUGUAUUAGGUCAGUUCAGUAAAUUGAAUAUGAAGAAAAAAAGACCUAUCAAAGAAGAAAAUUUUUGUUUUAUUAUAAAAUCCAAAGAAUAUAUGUACCAACUCGUCCACUCCACAUGUAAUAUGAAUGACAACCUAAUCAGAUUAUUUGGUGAAAAUGUAUGCUAUUUAUUAUUCUUCAAAUGCAGGUCAGUCACUCUGACAGGACCUCAAACUGUAAGCCAAAAUUUAAAAAAUCUUGUAUAAAACAUGUUGGGCAUUUUUUCAUUUCCUUGCAGUGAGUUUCUUCUCCAUUGUGGCUCUGUUCUAUGUUUAAAAAAAAUAAAAGAAAAUAAAGAACAA